UCUUUGUAUGGAUUCAGGACAUGAAACCCACAUUUUCCAGCAAUCCAAACGAUUUUAGUACAGCCGUUAAGUCACUUAUGAGGCCCCUCAGCCUCUUUAUGGGUCACACACUCUUCCCGAUACGAAGCCUGCAGUCAAUAACCCGGGCAAUAUCUUCCCGAAACAUUGGGAUUAUUGCGUCGAAACAGGUGAGGAUGGAGAAGAGAGACGAAAGCCACGGGAAUAAUGGCGUGGAGACUACCACAAGAUCAAUCAACCCCCGUGUAGAUAAGCUUCAACAAUUUGUACGCAGUGACUCUACUGGUGGUUGGGAAGAUAGUUGGGAGCAAGGUGUGACCCCAUGGGAUCUAGGACGACCAACUCCUGUUAUUUUACAUCUUCAUCAGACAGGAGCGCUUCCCAAGGGCCGGGCUCUAGUACCUGGGUGUGGCAGUGGCUAUGACGUAGUUGCAAUUGCAUGCCCUGAACGCCAUGUAGUUGGAUUGGACAUAUCAAAUCGUGCCAUUAUGAAAGCAGAGGAGUUGUCUUCCUCGUCACCGAAUGCAAGUUAUUUUACUUUCUUGAAGGCAGACUUUUUCACUUGGAGUCCAACUGAAUUGUUUGAUCUCAUUAUUGAUUACACGUUCUUUUGUGCAAUUGAACCAGACAUGAGGUUAGCAUGGGCAAAGCGAAUCCAUGAUAUUUUAAAACCUGGGGGAGAGCUCAUAACGCUAAUGUUUCCAAUCAGCGAUCAGGUUGGUGGGCCCCCAUACAAAGUAUCCGUUUCAGAUUAUGAAGAGGUAUUGCAUCCCAUGGGCUUCAAGGCAAUUUCCAUUGUAGAUAAUGAACUGGCUAUCAGACCUCGUCAGGGAAGAGAGAAGCUUGGGAGGUGGAAGAGGUCCUCAGCUCAAUCCUCUCUGUGAUAACCAUGAUGACUGUGAUAACCAUGGUCAUCGUGUUUAAAGACAACUUCUGGACAUUUUAAUCAUUCAAAUACUUAUGUAAGCUUUUUAAUAAAAUUGCAUUGCUUACAGAAAAAGAAACAUCUCUGUAUUGAUUAUUGUUUACGAAAUGAAUAAAUCUGGACAGAGGCCGGUCUUUAACAGCA